AAUAUUUCAUCGGCGUCAAUAAGAGGCAGCCACAGGGACAGCGGCUGCAGCAGCACUAGAGCCAGCGCCAGUCACGGUUCGUCUGGGGAGUCAGACUGCCAUCCCUGCCCGCCGCCAUGGACGUCUUCAAGAAGGGCUUCUCUAUUGCCAAGGAGGGUGUGGUGGGUGCCGUGGAAAAGACGAAGCAGGGCGUGACGGAGGCGGCUGAGAAGACCAAGGAGGGUGUCAUGUAUGUGGGAGUCAAGACCAAAGAGGGUGUUGUGCAGAGUGUGACUUCAGUGGCUGAGAAGACCAAGGAGCAGGCCAACGCCGUGAGUGAGGCCGUGGUCUCCAGUGUCAACACUGUGGCCACCAAGACGGUGGAGGAAGCGGAGAACAUUGCAAUCACCUCUGGAGUGGUGCGCAAGGAGGCCCUGAAGAAACCUGUCCCCUCACAGGAGGAUGAGGCCGCCAAAGAGGAAGAGCAAGUGGCUGAGGAGACCAAGAGUGGUGGAGAUUAGAAGGCUGCCAUGAUCUGCAGAGGCCUUGAGGAGCAUGCCAUCCCUCCUGGCACAAGAAGUGUCUGGUCCUGGAGUAUGACCUACAGAGCUGCCAGCUCCCCACACCCUCCUCCAGCUCCCCACAGGCCCAUCCUCCCUGCUACCACCACCACUGCCUUCACCUCCCUACCUUAUCCCUGUCCACCACCCUCUGAUCUUUCUGACCCCACAGAUGCUGCUGUGAAUUUUUUUUUUUAUGAUUUUAAUGAUUCCAAAUAAAACUCAAAUCCCCACUGCA